GCAGCAGCAGCAGCAGCACAAGCACAGCAGCAUCACAUCCCCAGCCGCCGUCAGCCCACCUGACAGCACAAGCGGAGCGGCGGACAGGCAGCACCGGCCGGCCUCCCGGUUCAGAUCACAACAAACCGCGUCCUGGAGGGGAAUGGGGGGGCACCCAGCCCGCUAAAUAGCCGACUACAUUUCUUAGAAGCGGAAGGCGUACGGUCGGCGGUCCACCAAGAUGGUAUCCUGGAUUAUUUCGAGGAUAGUUGUCCUUGCCUUUGGGACGCUCUACCCAGCAUACUCCUCAUACAAGGCUGUCAAAACGAAGAAUGUGAAGGAGUAUGUGAAGUGGAUGAUGUACUGGAUAGUAUUUGCGUUGUUCACCACAGCAGAGACAGCCACAGACCUGCUCCUAUCAUGGUUUCCGUUUUACUUUGAGCUAAAGAUUGCCUUUGUGAUCUGGCUCCUGUCCCCAUACACCAAGGGCUCCAGUGUCCUCUACCGCAAGUUUGUCCACCCAACCCUGUCCAACAAAGAGAAGGAGAUAGAUGAGUACAUUGCACAGGCCAAAGACAGGAGUUAUGAGACCAUGAUGAAGUUUGGAAAGAGAGGUCUCAACCUGGCUGCUAAUGCUGCUGUUACUGCUGCCACCAAGGGGCAGGGUGUGCUGUCAGACAAGCUGCGGAGUUUCAGCAUGCAGGACCUGACUCUCAUCAAUACUGAGGAUGAGCUGGCUCUGCACACGUCAGACGCCCGCAUGAGACGGGACCCCAUGGACGAGAUGAGCUCAGGGGCCAGCACGCUGCCCCGGGCCAAGAGCACUGCUGCACGGCAGACACGCUCAUUGGCAGCCACGUCCAUUGCUGAUGACACGUCAUCCCAACACAGCUCUGACCAAUCGGACACAAGGACAGAGCACUCUGAUGAAGAUGUGGGAGACAAAGCCACCAAACGUGGGACCAGCGUCAAGGCAACCAAGAAACCUGCUGCUGCUAAAACAGAGACUCAAACUAAGACGGUGAAGAAGCCAACAAAGAAAAAGACGGCGACUAAUAAUGCAGAGACGCCACCAUAAGGCCUGCUGUUCACAUCCACCGGCCUACAGUCUCUCCACCCACAGCCUGCAGGCUCUUCUUCCUAUGUAUUGUCUCCACACAAACACUCGUAAACUAUAUGUAUAUAAUAUAUCAAUCACAGAAAUUGCAUCACUCUUGCUGGUUUUGAGAGCAGAGUGCAGAUUUAGUUUUUAGCCGUAUGUGGCCACUUUUAUGUGGGAACAGUUCUUUUACAUUAGCUGGGUUGCUGCAUUUUUUUUUGUGUCACUCAGAUUUAACAGUGGGGGAUGUUUCUCAGCCUUUUUUUUUUUGUUUGUUUGUUUUUUUUUUUGGUCUGAAGAUGGUUGUUAAUCUAAUCAUUGAUGCUCCUUUUUCCUUUAACCCGUAGGCACGUAUGUAGGUCCCCAUAAUAGUUGAUAACAUGAGCUGGCCAUGUGCAGUUUUCCAGUCUCAUCGAAGUUACUGAUUCAUGUUCUGUUGACGUUCUUGAUUUAAGAGUAGUUCCACAGAUUUGAGUCCCUUAUGUAUUGUCUUGGCUACUUCUACAUGGAUCCAGUUGAAAAUGAAAAUCUCAUGCAGGCCACAGGUCUUCAUCCUCAUUUUGACCUGGCCAUGAUGCUAGAAAUCCUCAGAGAGAUCAGCAAAACAAACUGAUUUGAAUUGUUCCUGAGGGUUUAUUUAUUUAUUUAUUUAUUUAUUUUUGUUUUUUGACCUAGGAGUAAGUCGGAGUUAAGAUCAACUUUAAGGCCUGCAUUGACGAUAGUUGUAGACAUCCUUAAUACUGCUUAAGACCUAAUCAUUCCCACUUUUGACUACUUUUCAGCUCAUAAUAGCUGUCGCUCAGCAACCACCAUGUCCUAGCUCAUGUAACUGUCUAGUUUUACAGGAUUAUUUGUGAUCAAACCUGUCUUGGUUCUUGCGUUUACCUGUUUUAAUUUUAAACUCUGACUGUAUUUUACGCCUCACAGCUUGUGGACAAUUUCAAAGUUCAGCUUCCCCUCAUGAAGGCUGUAUACCUCCUAUACCUGAGUGAGUCUGGCUCUGCUACGUUCAGGUCUCGCUCACAGCAACUUUCUUCCUCACUGCUUUAAUGUGACUUUGAAGACAUGGACAGUGCUGGUGAUUGAGUGGUUGGUGUAGUCUCCGCUUAGGAAUCCUUCAUCUAGACAUCACACUUUUAGGUUGUAUUUAUCCAAGAUCAUUUAUUUAUUGCACUUGCAUUUUAUCCGGUUCUUUUGGUUACGUAAUAUUAGUAAUAAAUAUGAUCAGUUGUGCAUAGCCGGGCCUCUUAAGGUGAUGCUGUAUCUGAGUGAUGACAGGGCUCUCUCCCAAUAAAUGCAGUAGUCAUAGAUGAGUUGCCAGUGUUUGUGAGGUAACAUAUCUGCUUUCAGUGACACCUGUAUAUUGUUUGUUUUUCAACAUUAGAAAUUCAUGGAGUAGCUCUGCACUUUCUCACUUUCAUUUUACACAGCUGUGUGGUGACAUUUUGCCUCACUAUAAAAGCAGGACAAAGCAAAGCAAUAUGGAAAUAAUUCAACCAAAACCAACAUCAGGAGACUAUGUGAGAAUUAUUUUCUCAUCCCCAUGUUAUUUCAGAUGUGGGGGGAGUGUCAGACCAGGCUGUGGGUGUUUCUAAACACACUGGACUUUAGUUCUGGGACGAGCUCUUCAGGGUUGCCAGCCUCUACAUUGGGCGUGGUUUCUUCUGAGUGCUCUGUAUUUGGAGAUUUAAAAGCAUGAGACUACUUCUGCAUUCAUUACUGCUGUCUGCAGUUUGACACUAGUAUGAACCAGUAGGGGGAGACGAACCCCACGUCAACUGUUGGCAACAUAACUAAACAACAUGUAAACACAGUGUAAAUAGUAAACUUAACUGUAUCUGCGGUGUGAGCUUGCUUGCCUUAUUCAUUCUCUGGGCUGACAUCUUUUUAAUUUCUUAAUUUUUGUGUGGGUGUUUUUUUUUUUUUUUUAAAACAACUCUUAGCCUUGACAAAUCAUAUGUCCUGAGACCAGAGGAAACUCAAUGUAGACUUCUGGUGUCGGAAGUGACUUUUUGUAUUUUUACUUAACAUGCUUAUUUUUCUUUCUGUCUUUUCACAUUAAGACCUUUUUAACUCUUCUCCAUCACAAAGUAAGGAAUCUCCAGACUGAGUCCAAACUGAUGUUUGUGCGUUCACAUCCUGCUAUGUUCUCUACUCAGACUGGUUAUGAAGUAUUUUAGGGCCAUAAGUUCUUAAUUCAAUGUUUGCACUGAAUAAAAAGGAGACAUCAUAUAAUUAGAAGACAUUCUGUCUUAUCAAGCUACUCUGCAUUUUUAUCUUGGGUCAUUUUUGGAUAUUUAUUGUUGAUUAUUUUAUGUUUAAAAUUGGUAUCGUGUACAGGGAUGUUCAUUUGUAUCUUGUUUGUGCCAAUUCUCAAAGCUCCAUGUCAUAAAGGAUAACAGUAUGUGUGCUGGGACAAUGGUAUGUAACAAGGUCAUGUAUCAGUUACAAAACUACUAAUAAAGGAAAUUAAAUCAG